GAGGCAGGUCGGAAGACUAUAGAGUGGGAACUCUGGGAGGUGGCGGUCCGGAAUCUAAGCGACGGGGCGAGACGGGGCGAGACGGGGCCGGUAGGUGGCAGGAGGGGGCCGGGCCGGAGCCGGCGGGAGGGCCAGGCCCCGAGGCCCCCGCCCUGGCUUGCCCGCCCCGGCCGCCGAGGAGAAAAACGAGAAUGAUCUCCAGAUACACUCGGAAGGCCGUGCCACAGAGCGUGGAGCUGAAAGGACUGACAAAGCACGCUCUGACCCACCAUCCCCUUCCAGAGCAGCUGGGUGACGUUCCCUCUACCAACGACAGCCAUGAGAAGGACACGAGUUCUCAGAGUGAAUCUGACAUCACCCAAGAAUCACCGAUUACAUCAACUGACACUGGGAAUUCGCACUCUGCUUUUCCAAGCUACGCAGGCACAGGGGUCUCGACAGAAGGCAGCUCCGACUUCUCUUGGGGAUAUGGUGAACUUGACCAGAAUGCCACUGAGAAAGUGCAGGCCAUGUUCACGGCCAUUGAUGAGCUCCUGUAUGAACAGAAGCCAAGCGUGCACACACAGAGCCUGCAGAGAGAGUGCCAGCAGUGGGCGUCCAGCUUCCCUCACCUCAGGAUUCUGGGUAGGCAGAUAAUCACUUCGAGUGAAGGCUAUGGAUUGUACCCUAGAUCCCCUUCUGCUGUGUCAGCUUCACAUGAAGCAAUCUUGCCUCAAGAAAGAGAGUCUACCAUAUUUGGUAUAAGGGGAAAGAAGUUACACUUUUCAUCGUCUUACAAAGCAUCUCCCAGCACCAAAGCCUCUGGCUCGUCUGCUGAUGGAGAGGAGGCGGACUGUAUAAUCUUCUCUGAAGGAAUAAUCGAGGAGUACCUAGCUUUUGACCACACAGAUAUGGAAGAGGGAUUUCAUGGAAACAAAUCAGAAGCAGCUACAGAGAAACAGAAGUUAGGGUACCCUCCCAUUGCACCAUUUUACUGCAUGAAAGAGGAUGUUCUUGCUUAUGUGUUUGACAACGUGUGGAGCAAGGCUGUGGGCUGUAUGGAGCAGUUGACACGUAGUCACUGGGAGGGAUUUGCUUCUGAUGAUGAGAGUAACGUUGAAAUUACCAGACUGGAUUCGGGAAGUCCCUAUAUGCUGAACGAACAGCAGCCUUUGGUCUUACCUCGAGUGCCGCAGUCUAAGGUGAUGUCAGUCACCUCAAAUCCGAUGAAUUUCUGUCAAGCAAGUGGUCAUCAGCCAAACGUGAAUGGCCUCUUGAUUCAUGGGAUGCCUCUACAGCCAAGGAAUCUCUCCCUGAUGGAUAAGCUCCUAGAUCUUGAUGACAAGCUCCUCAUGAGGCCUGGGUCCAGUUCCGUCCUUUCAAACCGAAAUUGGCCAAACCGAGCCAUGGAGCUCAGUACAUCAUCCUUGUCAUAUACAACGCAGUCUGCCAGGAGGCGCAAUCCCCCACCACGCACCCUUCAUCCGAUCAGCACGAGCCACUCACGCGCUGGAACACCAUGGCCUGCAGAAGAAAUCCUCAGAGGACCCCGGGUUCCGAUGACAGCAGACUCACUCUCUUCUCCCUCACCAAUGACCAUGGGUCGGAACAAUCUGCUGCCACCUAUUGGAACAGCUGACGUAGAGCACCUGAGCAUCCUGGGGUCCCAACGGCCAACAAAACCCCACGGUGACUCCAGCCGAGCCCGAAGUGCGGCGGUGGACGAGUCUAACCAGCAGCCCCAGGAGAGGCUCCUUCUGCCUGUCUUCUCUAGACCCAACACAACUCAGUCGUUCCUGCCAGAAACACAGUACCGAAGCUCAUGUGCGUCCGAGUGCCCUCAUCAGGCCCGGCCUGGCAGGGGGUCUGCAGGCCCUCAGUCACAUGGGUCUACAAAACCUCAAAGCAGAGGUGGACCCAUCUCUAGAACCAGGCAGUGACCACAGAGCAAGUGAGAACUUGCAAGGUUGCAGCAGACUUGGGAACACAUGGAGGCUUUCAUGCACCAGCCUCAGCACCAGAUGACCCAGAGCUCCUACAAACAGCAGCGUGGUCCAUCGAGAGCCAUCUUGGAGCACGUGUCUGAGAACCACCACAGUAUCUGCCAAAGACUGCACGGGAAGCUGUUCUGUGUCCAGUUCCUGCCUUCUUUCAGCUCUCAUUCCAUGGGGCAGUAAAGAUUGUACCCAAAGACUUGACAAUGAAAAACCACCCCAAAUCACUGCUCAUGUUGUCUGUAACCAAUCACCUGUUCAAUUCUAGUACGAUUCAGUGAGAUUGCAUACACACAAAUUAUUCAGAUCACUGAGUUCAGAAUAUUUCUGCUUAUAUUAAUUUCUGGAGGCUUGUACUCAGUUUUAACAUAUUUUUAGGAGAAAGUGCUGCCAACAAUCUGAGAUAUUCAUCAAAUAAAUGUCAUUCCUAAACUUUAA